UUCUUGAACUUUUUACAUCAAUGGGGAACUGCAAUUGUUCAAUGAAAUCAGUAAGAGAUUCAAGAAAAUCAUCAGAUUUAAAUUUUGCUCGUGUUAUGACAGAUUCAGGUGAAAUAUUAAACCUUAAAGGUCCCAAAUUAGUUCGACAAGUUCUAAAUGAAUUCCCAGGUUACAACAUUUUCAGUUCAAAUUGUUUGUCUUCUCCAUUACAUAAUCAAGAAUUGCUCCUUGAUGGACAAUUUUACUAUCUUCAACCUGUAAUUCAAAAUAAAACAGAGCCCAUUUUAGUAGAAGAAGAAAAAACAGAGCAAAUUCGAGUUUCGUCGAGUUUGACAAAAGGGUCAGCAAUGGAAGUUUUGCCUGCUCAACGAGAAGGUGUUUGGAGAGUGAAGUUAAUCAUCAAUCCCCAACAACUAGAGGAAAUUUUUUCAGAGGAAGGGUAUACUGAGGCCUUAAUUGAACAAAUGAGAAUAGCUGCAAAUACAAGUUCAAUUGCAAAGCAUACAAGAAGUACUUCUUGUGGAGUAAAUUGGAAAUCAACUCUUCCUAGUGUAUAUAAAUUGCCCAAUGAAAAGCAAAAUAAAAUACUUGCAUUGGAUCAAUCUUCCACUAGCAGCCCUAGAUGAUGACGUGGGCCCACGUGACACGAAUUCAAAUUAAUUAAAAAAUAAUUUUCGAGUAUAUAUCGAGAUGAUGAGAAGUGGAGUAGCCAAAAAAAAUGGACCGUCGUGGCAUGUACAAGGAUCUUUUACUAUGUUGUUAACAUGAUUUCUGAGCCUUCGAUGAUGGUUUGGAUCCCACGUGCCUCGAAUUUGAAUUAGUCAGACAAUGAAUUUCAAGUAUAUAUCGAGAUGAAGAGAAGUGGAGUAGCAAAAAAAUGGUUCGUUGUAGAAGGUAGAUUAGAUUUGACUACGUAUAAGAUUACUAAAGUAUUUUGAUCUCAUUAUAGUGGAUUGACACAACAAUAGCGCCAACGUGAUUUUCACCAUCCACUAUAUAUAAUUUUUAACGUUAUACAUAUAUUGUAAUUUUCCGGCCCUCUAGCUCCGUCCCUAUUUGCAAGCCCUAGAAAAAUGAUCAGCCCUGAUCUAAUGAGGGGAAAAUUGUCAUCUUAGAUAUUUUCAUUUCUAUGUUUAUAGGAAUUUAAGUGGCAUAUGUUAUGCCUCUUUGUAUGAAUCAUGAUGAAUAAUAUUU